AACUAUAUGUAGGGCAUGGACACAAUAUCGGUUAGUAGACCUGUGUGGGGCCACAAGCUGAGAGAGUGGUCUACUGGUCCUGAUUGUGUGGGCUGUUUGAGAUGGCUAGAACCACUCGUGGUCUUAUUCUGUCAGCUCUAGACGAGCUCCUGGAUGCUGACUUCAGGAGGUUUAAGAACCAUUUGAACGAUGCAACAAUUAUACCGGGCUUUGGACCCAUUCCACGGGGACGGCUGGAGAAUGCGGACCGGGUGGAGACCGCCAACAUUGUGUACAAUCACUUCUCUGAAAGAAACAGUCUCAAUGCCACCUUCGAAACUCUGAAUGCCAUAAACCAGAGGAACCUAGCAGACAGACUUAGCAACGAAAUUCCUGCAAACUAUCGGGCAGACCUCAGAUGAAUGAGCCAGCCCUAGCUCUGGAUCCUCGGUGCUAUCUACAUGGGAUCAUAGAAGGACAUCUGCCUCGAUGCUGUGGGGAGCACCCCUUCCAGACCAAACCCUGUGACCACUGUAACUGUCAUAUCAUUUUUACGUCAUUCCCAGGAGUGUUUGAUUCCAUAUUUCUAUAUUAAAGCUGAUG